UCGUGCUGCUGGAGGUGCGAUAGUCACACUAUACAGUUUGUAGUAUUAGUAGUGACUGCCUAUUAUUUCCUCGGCCUUUUCAACCCCCAUCUGAUAAUCUCUUAGAUAUUGUCUGGGUUAUUGUCACCGAUGUGAAUGGCUUGCAUUCGAUCAGUCGAUUAUACAACAAACCAAGAAUUAAGUCGUCAAAUGCAAGAGGAGAGAAUAUGAGAAGGAGAAGGAGAAGCACAUAAUAGCUGAAAUUUACUGAAGCGAAACCUUACUUCUGCAAGCAGCAAAAUGAGAUGUCAGAAGAUUCCUCUUGCCCCUAUAUUUAUCUUACUGCUCCUUCUGAGCAUUGAGCCAUGGAUUGCAUCAGCUGUAGUCACCCAAAACCCAAGCUAUCUAGGUGCUGCAUGCACAGCUGAUUUUCUUCUGCCAGAUAGACCAUUCCUUGUUGUAUGGAACGAACCCACAGGAGGUUGUGAAUCACAUGGAAUAAACCUUAAUCUCGGUGCUUGGAACAUUGUGGAAAAUAACAAUGAUUCAUUUUCAGGGGACAAUAUGGUAAUCUACUAUGGUCUUGGAGAUUGGCCAACAUAUGAUGCCAAGACAAAAGUGAAAAACAAUGGUGGUGUUCCUCAGGCUGGAAACUUGACAUACCAUUUGAAGGAAGUUCAACAAGAAGUUCUGAACUUAAAAUCCAACUUCUCAGGCAUAUCUGUUAUUGAUUUUGAGAGUUGGCGCCCACUUUAUGUUCAUAACUUUGAUUCACUAGCAGUCUAUCAGCAAUUGUCUUUGGAAAUUGUGCAUGAAAAGUAUCCAAAUAUGAGCCAAAAGGCAGCUGAAUUGGAGGCCCAAAGAGAAUUUGAUGCUGGGGCAAGGAACUUCUUUGAGGGGACUCUAAAUGCCACAUAUGAUCUUCGACCUGGAGGACACUGGGGAUACUAUGGGUUUCCACGUAACUGGGGUGGACCAGGUGGCGAAGCACAGAAUGAUUUACUGGCAUACAUCUGGACAAAGAGUACAGGCCUUUAUCCAAGGAUCUAUAUGUCAGAUGAAGCAGCAUACCUGCCAGUGGAAAAAUACAUACAGGGUACUGUCAACGAAACCCUACGAGUUUGGGCCAAGUACUCUGAGCCAGGGACUCUUAUUCUGCCUUAUACAUUGUGUCAGGAGAAUGGAACAAACUUCUUUUCAGAGGAAAAUCUUACGCUUGCCAUUGGCCUUCCAGCAAACAUGGGGGCUGCUGGAGUAGUAAUCUGGGGAUCAUCAUCAUUUUUGCACACACCCAAUGAGUGCCUUCUCCUGCAAAAGUACAUCAGCACUAUUCUGGGGCCAUAUGUCAAAAACCUGACAGAUUUCUUCACCUCUUGUAGCUCUAAACUGUGCAGUGGGCAUGGACGAUGCAUUAGGAGGGACCUUGAGGCCAUAGUCCAGUUUCACCUGAAGGCCAGUGGACGUGAACACUGUCAGCUAAGAGAAAGCCCAGUCCAGUUAAAAGAAAAUGAAGACUGGUCCAAAAGAAGGUCAUCCUCAUCACCAUAUGAUGACUAUGUUUGUCGCUGUUUGAAAGGGUGGAUGGGAGAACAUUGUGAGAAAAGUCUUUAAAGUACAAGAGGUCUUGUAGUAACCUUUGUCUGUAAACAUUUUACUUAUGAUUCUUAUAAUUGUGAAGUGCCUUCUGCUUAUUAAUUGCCACUUAUCAUAUUAACCUUCUUAGCAUUAUGUUUCACCCCAGAUAAAAACAUGUAAAUAUAUAUAUAUAUCUUUAAGGUUUUAUCCAAUUGGACCAUUUUACAAUUAUUACAUUCCUGUCACUAAAACUUCAUGUAUUUUACACUCUGUGAUAUUCAUCACUGUCUCAAAGCAUUAUCAAACACAUCUUCAAGCCAUCACCAAGACAGGGAGUUCAAACAGUCUACUUCAGUCAAUUCAAAAGGUUUUCCUGGUCGCCCUAUGAUGACUAUGUUUCUUGCUGUCUGACAGUCUGAACUGGGGAUCACUGUGAGAAAAGUCUUUAAAGUGCAAGAGGUCUUGUAGAAACUAUUGGAAACAUUUUACUGAUGUUGCUCAUGUUCGUGAAGUGCCUUCUGAUUUUCAAUUGCCACUAAUAAUAUUAACCUUCUUAGCAUAAUGUUUCACCCCAGAAAAAAAACAUGUAAAUAUAUGUAUUUUUAUCCAGUUGGACCAUAUUACAAUUAUCACACUCCUGUCACUAAAAUUAUAUGUAUAUUUACACUCUGUGAUAUUUAUCACUGUGUCUUAAAGUAUCAUAGUAUGAUCAAAAUGCCAGGUUUUGUUUUCUUUUGUAUUAUGUUAAUUAUAUUAUAUUCAUUAAAUUUUUUCACCAUAUUUUUUAUGAAAUAGAAUUGUUUAAUCAUUAGCACAUUUUUCAUGUCAUAUUUACUCCCACAAACUAAACCUAUUUUUAGAAUAAAAAACUUCUUUUCUCUA